GGCGGAUCAGAGGGAAGUCCGGCCCCAGUUGCUGGUGGACUGUGGAGUUGUGCUGUGUCCUGUAGUCACCCAGAGACCCCACGCCGUGUCCGUCCCGGAGCGCGUCUCGGUGGUUGCUGCGCCGUGCGACUGGAGGGAUGCUGAGUGGAGCCAGCGCCGUGUCCGACCCAGUGUGCGUGCGUGUAUGGGAGCGCGCGUGAGUUUCCCUGACACGGGGAACAGUUAUGAAUCCGGGGUGUAUGUUUGCCUCCAGAGCCCUGGCAAGGUGCGGAACCCUCCUGAAGUGUGGUCAAGCGGCGGUGGUGGUGGCGGCGGCAGAGGCGGCAGUGGUAGCAGCAGCAGCAACAGAGACCAGGAACCAGGAGCCUCCUCACGUCCCGUUUCUCGAUGCUGCGGAACCCCGAGAGAAAGUUUGCAAACUUCCAACCGUUUCGGCAACGACGCCUGGUCACCUAGGGGCGGCCGGGCGAGUUUGCAGGGGGCUCUCUCUCCCCCGGGUGCCCAGCAGCCGCUGCCAUCUCCUGAGUCCGGCUGCCUGCUGCAGCUGGUGGGCGCGUGCCCCGGGAGAGGCGGUUGCCCUUGGAGGGGACUUGACUUUCGCUCCAGGCGCUCCAGCUUGAGAGUGCUGCGGAGCCCUCGCCUUCACUCCAGCAGCCGCCUCCUGCCUCCGUCCCCUUUGCGCUGGCACCCUUACUUCUUCCGGGCUGCUGCCCUAAAUGACAGCUGGGGCCCGAGCCGCACUGCACCCAGGCGGUUCUCAGUCCCGGGAGACAGAGCCUGCCUUUGAGCCAGAUUUUCCAUCGAACCGCUUAAACUUUUCACAAAGUUCUUAAAGGGUCGAGACAAGCAGACACUGGCCCCACUAAGCCACUUUAGAGGGACUAUAGCCCGCUUUAAUUUCUCAUUUAUUUUUUAGUCAUAGAUUUAUUUCCAGGGUUUGUCUAGUAGAAAGAGCUCCAACUCUUCCUGAACGAGUGCCACCCCCACUUGGUGCUGGUUCAAAGCUGGGAACUGGAGUGGGCUGCUUGUACAUCGUUGUCAGUAUCAGCAGAGCUUGUUUGGUUUUUUUAUUUUUCCCUCUUCCUGACAUGUGUCAAAGAAUAAAGGCUGGCUACAGGUCCAUUACGUCAUUCUGCAGGCCAUUGGGAAUCACAAAUGAUGAAUUCAACAUAAGAACAUUUUUAGAAAGAAGGAAGGCUCCUUAGGUGUUUCCAAGUUGUCAUAACACUCUUCUGAAGACUCUGAGAAAUUUUUUGAGAAGACGACUCUAGUACUUUCAAAGAAUUCCGAGUUCAGGGAAAAUUUCUGAAUGCCUGAGAAGUGACAUGGGAUGCCAAGUGAGCUUUCCUACAGGUUCGCUCCAUGGUCUUCCUCUCUUUUUGAUCUGAAAAAAUAAAAAAGAAGUCAGGAAUAAAAACAUUGAUCUGGAAUUGAAUAUUUUAAUUGAUUUCUUCUAUUUCCUGAAGUCCACAUUUCUAAUCCCUGCCCCCAAAUUAACAAGAAUGGGAAAUUACUAUGUUGGCAUUUGACUUGACCUGAUCCCUUGGGGAGUAAAGGGGUUCUUUUUACUCAGCCUAGAGACUUUGAUGGUGGGUAGAAACUGAUAGCUGUAUAUAGAUGCUGGAGAUAGGGAGAGCCUCUUGGUCACCUUCCCCAGUGAGUGGAGCAGAUCCCAAGCAAGGCCUGGUUACAUCCCUUAGCUUAUCCAAGGCCUGUGCCAGAGAGAGGGAACCAGGUCUGAAUGCCUGGACUCUGCCUUCAGCAGAUUCUCUUUCUGUCAGGCAGGCUGCCUAAAUGCCCUUGUCAUGGAUCCAUACAGCAGAGGCCAAGGCUUUAGAAACCUUUCUCUUUUCAAGCCUUUUCACAGACAGCUUUUCAAAGACAAGUUUUUAAAAAUUAACUUGACUGCCUUGACCAAACAAACUAGUUUCUAGUCUAUAUUUGCAUAUAUAUAUAUGAAAUACAUGAUAUAUAUAUGUAUAUAUAUAUGAAAUGCUGAUUUUCCUAAAAUUCUUUUAAAUUGACUUUUUUUCUUACCUUAAAGUCUUCUUCAUGCUUAUAGGAAGCCUUACAAAACCCAUACUAUUGAAGUUUCAUUUGAGAACACAAACUGGGCAGAAUUAAAAUGGUUUACAAGGCUAUUUCAGCAUAAAGCAAUGGCUUUUUUUUCUUACCCCCACCAUCUCUAAGGAGAAGGAAGAUCCGAGAAGCGAGAAAAGGCUUAAAGUUUAUAUUCACCAUCGUUCUGUGGAACAGAACAAGUGCUGUGCCCCAUCUUACUCAUUUACUUUUGCUUGGCACUCAUCUGCAAUAUGUUGCAUUUUCCGAGUCAGUGUGGGAGUGAGUUUGGAGUAAAUACUAUUCUGUGCAAAGUGAGUUGUCUGGAAGCAUGCUCUUUGGGUUUCAUUGGCAAAGCUUAACUACUUAUAACUAGCAGGAAUAAUUUAGUAGUACCAAGGGCUCCAGAGCACUGGGCAUUUUCUUCCUGACUUAGACUCUGUUGCCACUGGAAGGGGGAACAAGAGUAUCUAAACAGAAACCUUGAAUGCUGGUACUGUGUGUAUCAUUUGGCUUGACCCAUGGCUUUCCUUUCCAGCCCUUUGCAUUUUACAUCAGAACCCAAGCCUCUUUCGUUCUUUUAUUACACCAAGGAGCCCCAUGUUGCAGGCGUUAUUUCUCAAAUGUAACACAUUUUGUCUAAUUUUAUGCAACCCUCUCGGCUGGCUUCCCAAGGGGGAACACAUGGAACAAUAAUAACAACAAAAAUCAUUGUUUUUAUUUAAAUUAGCUGACUAUUAAAAGAAAAGACAUUUAAUUUCCAUUUGGCUUGUUUGGUAGGACCGUGGAUGCUUUAUUAAAACUGAAUUUUUCUUUUGGAACAAACCUGGCUUCUAGAGCUCAGGUUUCAAUUUUUGCAUCCCAAAGGGUAGAAGGCACUGGGGAUAAAGUCCACUGCCACCAGAGUACUGAGGUGUGACUUGAUGCAAGCUAGGAGGAACAUGAUUUGCCUCACUGCAAGGACAACAUUGUGGCUCCUCAGAGUGGAAAACUGUUUGGAGUUGAGUCAAAAGCAGCUUUCAGGGUGCCAACAACCUUCAGUGUUAGUAUGUUGGUUUGGUCUAACCUGGUCUGGUCUUUUCUUACUUCCGGGGUCCCAUGAAUGGCAGACGUGCACAUUUUACCACUUAGCUAUAGCCCAGGUCUGGGUCAUUUCUCUGCUGAACUGUGGCAAAAGUUCUCUUCCUCCAUUCUUUGCAUUUACUUCGUGUUAAUGUUUCUCUAGAUUUCUUUUUUCAUAUCCUUCCUGGCAGACUACUCUGCACUAAGGAGUGGUCCCCACAAUACCACAUCACAAAAGCAUGCACAACUGAGAGGGCUUCUUUUCCCAUAGAUAACUCCACCUUUGUAUCUGAACUUCGAAGAAACAGUGAGACAAAUUAGAGAAACUCGAUUGACAGUCAAGGCUUCUAUCUGUUGUUUCACAGUGACAUGACCUCUAUGGCAGCAGGCAAAGCCUGCGGCUGGAAAGUUCCUCAUGUUGCACCCAACUUACUGAAUUGACACACUUCAGGAUAGCCCUCUAUUUUUGAGACAGGGACUCCCUGAGAAGCUCAGGUUAGCCUCCAAGUCCAGAUCUUUCUGCCUUGGUUUCCCAAGUGCUGAGAUUCAAGUUUGUGGUAUCUUAUCUGUCUGGUUUCCUUAUUUACGAUAAAAGACCAUCAGCUAAAACAGCACAUUCUAAGAGAGGAGGCACGUAAUGUAAUUUGAAGUGUAGAGAAGCUAUAUUAAAAAGAAACAGGAGUUCAUUUUCAUAGCUCUUUGGCCCAAUAUUAUCCCAAAUAUAUCCCAAAAUAUUAUCAUUUCAAAUUUCAACAUUUAAUCAGUAUAAAAACAUCUAUGUGAUAGUUUACAUUGUUUUACUUUAUGAGAAUUAAGUCUUUGAAAUCUAGAAUGUAUUUUUGCCAUCUUGAUUUUGAAUAACCACGUGUCAAGUACUAAACAGCCAUGACUACCAUGGUAGACAACACAAAAAUCCGUACAUGUCUCUUAAUCACGGCAGCCCAAGAGAACCACCUGUGGCACCUAGAAAACAUAUCCACAGGCUUCCCUAGAAUAUUCUGACUUGGGUUGACUUGGAGUAGGGCUUGGCCUUGGUGUGCUUAUAAAGGCCCUCAAGAAUUUCUUAUGUGCAGUAAAACUUGAGAGCUUUAAUUCUGACUUGCUUUUAAGGACUUCUCUUUAAGGUUCCAUGAUUCUACUUAAGGAAAGAGAUUGCAAUGAAGUGUUCUUUCUGAGUUUGGGGGAUGCAAGCAGUGGAUCCAGAUACACUAAAUUUUACAAAACACAUUUAAGUAAAUAUAAUUAGGGAAGAUGGUGAUGGGUCAGUCAGUUCGGGUGCUUGCCGCCAGCCCUGAGCACCUGAGUCUGAUCCCCAGAGGGCAUCUCAGAGGAGGGAAGAACCAAAUUUUCAGGUUGCCUUCUACAUACAUGCUGUCAUGUGCAUGCCCAUGAACACACAAAAUAAAUUAGUAAUCAGAUGCAAGGCAUUAAAAUAGAAACACUGUAAAUGAAAAGGAAACUUCACAGAAUGACUAACUUAGAGAUUAUUCUAAUGGUCAGACACGAGCUCCUAACAUGGCUGUCUAGAAAAAUAUAUUUCCUAGAUGCCUUAGCUUUAAGAUUUGAUUUACAUAUUGGACACUCUCCAUUUGGGAAAAGGUCAAGAUCCCCACAGUUUGCUUGUUUUUCCAUAGGCUUACUUUCCUGCCCCCAGUACUACUUGCCUGUAGUUGUUUUGGGAGGGAAAAUCCUACUUCACUAGAGGCAUCUGGAUCCCUUAGACUUUCUUCCCUCCAAGCCUUAAACAAACUUUGUGUCACUGCUUAGACCAAAGCCACUCAGGACAUGACGUUAGUUAUCAUCCUGUACUGAAAGCAUUCACCCUAUUUGUCACCCUUGAAGAUAUUUUAAGACUCAGUAUUUCCCAAUGAACACUAGAACAUUCAUAUGUGUGUAGUGUAUUUUCUACCUGUGCUUUUAUACUAUUUUAGUACAUGCAUUCACUACAGGAUGCCAAGACUAAAAAUCAGAAUCCCUUACCUCUUCACACAUCUGUCUUGUAGAGUCCACAAACAGCAUUGCUUGUGGGGAAGAGGAGAAACCUAGUCAUCCAUCCCUUGUGACUUUAUGCAGCUGAAAACCUCUGCAUCUCUGACUUCUGGAGUAAUUUCACCAUAACCUCUCUCCUCAUCUCCUAGGGAGCUAUCUAUUUCCAAAUUCAUGAUUAUUGAAUCACCUGCUUUUGUAGCACGUCUUGAAGCCAUUGGGCGGAUUCAGCCUCUAAUUAUGAACACAUAGCUUCAAACCCAUUUUAUUGGUGGAGCAAUUAAGAAAUUGACAAGGCAAGCAAUUUUGGCUCAUUGUUUAAAAGGAUGAACAGGACAGAAUGAAACUGUAGAUUUGUGAAUGCAUUAUUGUCUAAAUAUUGUCUAAAUAUAAGCCUUACUCUGGAUGGUCUGCAGUAUGGAUCUUCCCCAUUGUUUCUGGCAUUGCCCUGGUUUUGUCUUUAUAAUAAUGCCAUGAUGUUUUCCAUACUGUUUUUGCAUUUUAAUGGCUUCUGUGCUUACGUACUUCCUCGCUUCAGGCUACAUGUACCUGGGUUGAUUAACAAUGCAUACAUGUAUAUUAACUUCCAAACAUGGGAUCUAUUCUAAAGUUGCAUGGAGACAUGUGUUGCAGACCUGUGAUUUUGUUGGUUUCUAGGGCAGCCUUCUCUCAGGCUACUUUGUGACUGACUGUUAGAAGAAUGUGUGUGGAUAGAGGUAGAGAUUUGUGAUGCCAGUUCCUCAUCUAUUUUGAGGAGUGAAGAUAAAGACUGUAGCUAAUUGUUCAUUGAGUGGAUCGGACUCUAAUCUGGUUCCCUAAUGAUGCUUAGUAAAACACUUCAGUACUUGCCGUAUCCAUGCACCAUCUUCUCUCUUGGUCUGGAGCCACCUGCUUUUGAGAUUGGGUUGUGUUUUCUCUUAAUAAUGGCAACAGGUAGGGUGUGGCUCUUGUAGUUUUUCUAUGUCUGUACCAUCAGUGAGACGUACAUCAUAAUUAACAGUGAGAUUUGUGAUCAAUGCCAAGGAGCAGUUAUUCUGUAUCUUUUGCUAAGCAUUAUGCUAAAGAUUAAAACAACUUUGACCUCUCUCUCC